AUGAGCAAGCUGUACGAUGUCAUAAUCGCCGGUGCAGGGCCUGUCGGACUUCUCCUGGCCUGCGAGUUGAGUUUGGCGAGCGCCUCUGUGCUGGUGCUGGAGCGAGAACACCAGCUGGAGUCGCCCUGGAAGGCUAUGCCGAUGGGCUUCCGAGGGGUGAACAUGGCCUCUAUCGAAGCCUUUUACCGACGCGGCCUGAUGAGCAAAGUCUUCCCCUCUCGCGAGAUGACGAGUUCCUUUCAAAAGACACCAAAGUUCCAACAUGGCGCUCACUUCGCUGGGAUCAUGCUCGACUCAAACAAACUCGAGUUGGACCGCUGGAAGUAUCGCAUCAACGGGCCAACGCUGGGCUCGGAUUCUGUAAUGGCUGAUCACCUCGAAAGCGUUCUAGCAGAACGCGCCGAGAAACUGGGUGCCACGAUUCUCAGAGGCACCGGUGUUACCAAAAUCGCUGCACAGGACACUAACACUAUCACGGUGGAAACCGGGGAGGAGCAUCAACAAUUCCGAGGGAGGUGGCUUGUGGGAUGCGACGGCGGACGCAGCUUUAUUCGUAAAGCUGCAGGAUUUGACUUCGUUGGCACGGAAGCUACUUUUACCGGCUACGGGAUGCACUGCGAGCUGGACCACCCAGAGAAAUUGAAGAUGGGAUUCGAUUUUUCCAAAAAUGGAAUGUGUAUAUCACGGCCGCAAUGUCUGUAUCUGGUGGAAUUUGACGACGGAGCCUUUGACCGCACACAAGAGCUCACACAGGAACACGUCCAAUCUGUAUUGAACCGCGUCCGAGGAUGUACAGAUGUACAAAUAACCAAAAUCCACCUCGCCUCUUCAUUCACAGACCGAUCUAAGCAGGUCAGUAACUACCGCAAGGGCCGUAUUCUUCUCGCCGGCGAUGCAGCACACAUCCAUCCGCCGAUGGGCCAGGGGUUGAAUGUUGGACUUGCUGAUGUCAUGAAUUUGGGCUGGAAGCUGGCCGCGACAGUUCAGAAGGAAUGUCAUUCUGAAGGAGCUCCUUUAGACCCGGAAUUACUCGACACGUACAAUAAAGAGCGCCACCCGAUGGCAGCCUGGACUCUCGACUGGACACGUGCGCAGUCCAAGCUAAUGCAACCAGAUGUAUGGAGUGAAACUCUCCGAGACGUCGUUCGCGAACUAUUAAACACAACCGACGGAACUAAUAUGGUCAUCGACCGUUUCUGGGGUUUGUCGCAACGAUACACGCUUGGGAGCGACGAUGCAAACACACACCCACUUGUUGGAUGCAGUGCACCCGAUUUUGAGUUGUCCGAUAGCUCGAGACUUGGUCACAAACUGGAGAAAGGCCGCGGGCUGCUUCUCGAUUUCCAAAAGGACGUAUCUUUGAAAGAUCUGGUCGUUGGCGAGAAGUAUCAGAGGGUAGUGGACUAUGUUGCUUUAGAUGCUAAGGACAGGCGCGGUCUACGUGCCUUGCUAGUUCGACCCGACGGCGUAGUCGUCUGGGCCGCAGAUGAACAGACACGGCCGGAUGAAAUGGUCGAGGCAAAAGGCGCCCUGGCGAGGUGGUUCAGCCCAUAA